AUGAGAGCGUUUACACUGGCAGCUGCAGAGCGCAUGAAAUUGCUGCGAAGACUAGAUGCCAAGGAACACAGAGGAAAGACUCCUCUGCUGGUGGCUGUCACUGCCAGGCAACCAGCUAUUGUGUAUGAUUUGAUCCAGACAGGAGCAGAUGUCAAUGCUGUAGACAACAAAGGGCAGUCAGCUUUACAUCUUGCUGCAACAUAUGGUUAUGCUCAAGUUCUUCAGGUUAUACUGUCACUAGGUUUCCCUCUUGACUUAGAAAUGAAGGAUUUUGAAGGCCAUACACCACUCCACUGUGCUGUUCUGGCCCACAACGCCCUGCUGCGGGAGCAGGGUUGCCAGACAUGGACAGAGGAGCAGCAGAAAGACCUUCAGCACCAGAGCAAAGAGCUGGAAUCCUGUAUCCAGCUCCUGGUGCAGACGGGAGCCUCCAUCUACAGCCGGGAUGUGAAAAGCAACAAAACUGUUCUGCAUUAUACAGUCCAGGAUGGGAACAUCUCACUGCUCAGAUACUUCCUGGAGCUGAAUGCUUUCAAGUCCAAGGACUUUGUCAAUAACAAGGCUCAUGGCAACACUGCUUUGCAUAUGGCAGCGGCGUUGCCUCGUGACAAGAACCAGAAAGAAAUUGUCCAGUUGCUCCUUGACCACGGGGCAGACCCAAGCAUCCGAAACCUAGACAAUGAUCAGCCAAUCCACAUGGCUCCCUCUGGAAAAGCUGGAGAUCAAGUUAGGCAUAUGCUGAAGAAAGGGAGAGUUGCAUCUGCAUUCGUUUCCUGCCACCGAAAUGCCAGAUCCUAGGUUGCUUGACAUUCCUGGAAUGGCUUUCAACUUGCUGAUUGCACAUCACCUCUUAAAAAAACUGUGAGGAUUGUUAACCAACACACCCCUACUCCUAGAGUCUUUAAACCAGCCUUUGUGAUGUGCAAUUACCUCCAUUAUCCCUGCUAGCCUGAGAAUGCAGGAACCUGAAGAGAAAAGACUGGAUGGAAGAGAUCAAGUCAGCCUGAGUCAUCAUCUAUGGCUGUACUUCACCUGAGUGAAUGGACAGCCAAACUCAAGAGCUCCAA